AUGACAAAAGAAGAAUCACCUGUUUUUCAAGAUAUACUUUUUAACUCAACUGCUAUGAUAUCCGAUAAUAAUGAAGAUAGUCUGUUUCCUUUCGAUAUUACCGAUAUUAAUAUUGCAUUUGAUUUUAAUCAAUUUUUGUCUUCAUUUGAUAUAUGCUCUUUGAAUUAUUCAACAGAAGAUGAAGAAGAAAAAUCAACAUGUAUUGAUCAAUUUCUAUUGAAUACAAACAUUGAUAUUCCACAAAUAAUUUCUGUUCCAUCAUCGACUAUACCCGUUUAUACUAAUCAACAGCAAAAUACUGUGUCAUAUGAUUCUCCAUUGAUAGAUUUGAAAUAUUUUAAUAUAUCACUUUCAUUUAUUAAUCCUCCAGAAUCUGUUUAUCAUGUGCGUUAUUUAAGCGAAAUUAUGAAUUCACCAAUCGAUGGAAACUUAGUCAAUGCAAAGAAAAUAACAAAGAAACAUCUAUCAGGACGAUAUAUCAAAGGAAUACGUGGUCGAUAUGUUACUAUUGCACUUCCAACAAUUCUAUCAGAUAAUUCUAAUCUUUUCGUACGUGUUACUCGUCUUACUGUGCCUUAUCAAGAUAUAUCAUUUAUUCAUCCAUAUCCUCUUCUAUAUUCAUGUACAAAGAAAAAAAUAAAUUCUGAUAUCAUUAUUCAAGGCUCAUCAAUCUAUUUUAAAAUAAAUAAAGAGGAGAUUUGUUCUCGUUCAAAACACUUUCCUCAUUUAAUUCUUACACGUCUUAAGCAAUGUCAUCUUAAACAUAUUAACACUUUAUAUUCAUUUGAUAACAAUGAUGACAUGUCUUAUCCAUUCAUUGGAAAUAAUGUUAAAAGCAAAAUUGCAAAUUAUCAAUUAAAAAAAUCUCAACUUGAUUUUCGUUUAGUAAUUAGAUGUGAACAAACAGGUGAAUUUUUUAAUACAAAUAUUUUUUGUCGAUCAAAUCCAUUACUUGAAGAAGAAGGUAUUGAAUUGAAAAAAUCAUUAACAUGA